AAGCAAAGCCAAGUGAAGCUGACCAACAUUAAAGUCAUUCCCUUUGGUGUUUGGCAAAAUAUUGAUGAACACCUGAGGUUCAUGAUCCUGAUGGAUGGUGUACAUCCUGAAAUGGACACCUGCAUCAUUGUUGACUACAAAGGUCACAUGAUCCUCAACACUGUGGACUGCACCAGACCAAACGGAGGCAGGCUGCCACAGUAUGUGGAUGUGAUGAUGACCGACUUCGCUGGAGGAGCUUCUGGAUUCCCGAUGACCUUCUAUGGAGGGAAAUACAGCGAUUCCUGGAAGGCAGAGUUUAUCAAGAAUGAGAGGAAGAAGCUGCUGAAUUACAAAGCUACACUGGCGAAGUCCCUGCAGCCCAGGAUCUACUGCCCAUUCGCUGGAUACUUUGUGGAGGCUCAUCCGUCAGACAGGAAGAAUCCUCACAACAAAGCAGCCUCUGUGGUACCUGAGCAGAAGCUGAUGAUACGCGUGCAGGUCAUUGAAACAGACGACAAGUUUGAAUGCAUCACUGACGGUUAUGACUAUCUGGUGGACUUUCUGGAUCUAUCGUUCCCCACAAAGAGACCUGACAGAGAGCACGCCUACUUGGAGAUUAAAAACAGGAUUGGAGUGAUGAGGUACGUGGUGCUGCACGGCUGUCUGUGGGACGACCUGUACAUCGGCUUUCAGAACCGCGUCAGCCGAGACCCAGACAUCUACCACCACAA